AGUAUUCAAGUGUAGACAUUGUCGUGCACGGGAAACCAAAUUUUAUUUUUACACACAUUUAAACUAUGGAAGGAAAAAAAGGUCGAAAGACACUUCGUAAAACAACUGGCUCCCUGAACUUAUCGAGCCAAGAAAAAAAGCGAUUCUACGGAAUUUCCCCACAGAACGGGAUACGUUUCGAAGCAAGAGAAUGGAACUAUAUGACCCUCUUUAAAAAUCCGAGUGCACCUCAGGAGCUUGAGAGUCAGUCCCUUGGGGAAAACCCCGGUAAAUCUGAGCGGGAGAAAUGCAGUCCGGCUCGCUCUCCCAGUGCCCGUGAAAGGGAGUCGAGGAUCAAGAAGAAAAGGAAGCCAUCCAAGUCCACCAAGAAGAGACCCAGCCCUGUGCUGAAGACCCUCGGUCCAAAUCGUCUGGGCUCCGCCGUAGCCUAUAUUCAUUUCAUGCGUAAGUUUCAGAGGAAGAACAACAAUUUGAAGGCGAAUGAUCUACUAAACAAGGCAACUCGUCUUUGGUGCCGUCUGCAUGGAAACCAGCGCCAACAAUUUGAGAGGCCGCUUUGGGUUGUGAGGACUGGAUAGGAACACUGGAUAGGAAAGGAAGAAAUCUAACUCCAUCAAGCGCAUUGUAAAGAAGAAAGCGAGUCCUGUGCUAAAGAUUCGCGACAAAAGUCCUUUGGGCUCAGCGGUGGCCUAUAUUCAUUUUAUGCGCAAGUUUCAAUCACUAAAUUCUCAUUUGUCGGGCCCUGAUCUAUUGAACAAGGCAGCUCGUGUUUGGUGCAUUCUGACUGAAAGUCAGCGCAAACUAUUUGAUCUAAAUUUAAAGGUUUAUAAGAGAAGUAAUGGCUACAAUUUUCUAAAGAUUGUGUAAAUUGGACCGAAAACACUUUGUAAAUAAAAAGA